CUCUUCGACGCACUUCCGGGUAGCUCAGCUAGCUGUUUUAGACAAACCGACUUACUCUCGAAAAUGACAGCAGUAGCGUAGCCAACUGAAAAUGAGGCGCUUACUAUUAAUUGCCUUUCUGGCUCCUUGUUGGGUCAACGGUGCAGUUAAGUCAAGAGUUACUCCGGAGGAGAAUCAUGAAGAAAACACGGAAUUUGAUGCCCUGAACUCCAUCCUGUCAGAUUUUGAGGUGCUUCCAUCGUCGGGCCUCCAGCUGCACUCUGUAAGGAAGAGGGACGUCCGCACCCAGUCCCACCUGGAGCGCCUGGUGAGCUUCAGAGCCCUGCACAGAAAUUUCAAGCUCUACUUGACCACCAACACAGACCUUUUCACUGACAACUUCAAAGCUGUGUUUGCUGAUAAACACGGGAGGGAGGAGAACUAUGAUGUUCAGCUGCAGAACUAUUUCACUGGACAUGUUGUUGGAGAGGAGAAUUCACGUGUGCAGGCACACAUAGAAGGAGAUGAGUUUUCUGCUCAUAUUCUAACCGAUGACGCAGAAUACAAUGUAGAGCCCCUGUGGAGGUUUACCAAUUCCCCGACUGAUGGCAGGUUGCUGGUUUAUCGCUCGGACGACAUCAGGAACCUAAGCCGCAUCAUCUCCCCAAAAGUGUGUGGUUACAUCCACGCAGAGGCUGAAAACUUGCUGCCACGGACUGCCAGGAGGGACUGGGACGGGCAGGAGGAGGUGGACCAGGAAAAGGUUCACCACCAUCGAGAGAAGAGACAGGCUCAUGAUCACAAGAAGAAUACCUGCCCCCUGUUGCUGGUUGCAGAUUAUCGCUUCUUUAAACACAUGGGGCGCGGUCAAGAGAGUGUCACACUCAACUACCUGAUUGAGCUGAUUGAUCGAGUUGAUGACAUUUAUAGGAACACAACCUGGGAUGAUGAAUUCAAAGGCUACGGGGUCCAGAUCCAACAGAUCAUCAUCAACAAGGAGCCUACAAAGCCUCCCCCUGGCCAUGCUGGCUCUGACUGGGUACACUACAACAUGGAGAACAGCCCCAGAGGAAGGGAGGUGUGGGAUGUGAAGAGACUUCUGGAGCAAUUCAGCUCAGACAUAGCUGACAACGCCUCCGCUGUGUGUCUCGCCCACCUGUUCACUUACCAGGAUUUUGAUGAGGGCACACUGGGGCUGGCCUACGUGGCCCCCUCCAAACCUCUGGCCCUCGGCGGCCUCUGCCCAAAACCAUACUACCCAUCUCACUCUGUAAAGAAGCCAAGUUACCUCAACACCGGCCUGACCAGCACCAAGAACUAUGGCAAAACCAUCCUAACAAAGGAAGCAGAUUUGGUGACCACUCAUGAGCUGGGCCAUAACUUUGGAGCAGAGCACGAUCCUGACAACAUCCCUUUUUGUGCACCCAGUGACGACCAUGGGGGGAAGUUUGUCAUGUACCCAAUCGCUGUGAGCGGAGACCAUAUCAACAACAAGCGUUUCUCCAACUGCAGCAAGAUCUCCGUAGGAAAGACGUUACGUUUUAAGGCUCCCUUGUGCUUCAUAGAGAGGAACAGUAAAGUAUGUGGGAACUCCAGAGUGGAGGAUGGGGAAGAGUGCGACCCCGGGUUACUCCACCUCAACGAUGACCCCUGCUGCUCAUCCGACUGCAAAUUCAAAGGUGGUGCACAGUGCAGUGACAGAAACAGCCCUUGCUGUAAGAAUUGCAAGUUUGAGCAGGCUGGAACAAGGUGCCAGGAACCCAUUAGCGCUACCUGUAAAGGCAUAUCCUCCUGCACAGGCAACAGCAGUCAAUGUCCACCUCCUGAAAACGCUGCUGACAACACCGUGUGUGUUGACAACGGCCGAUGUCGCAAUGGAGAGUGCAACCCCUUUUGUGAGGCCAUGCAGAAUCUUCAGUCCUGUGCAUGCAACGCUACAGAGAACUCCUGUAAAGUGUGCUGCAGGGGAAAAGAUGGCACUUGCUCUCCUUUCCUCCAGACCAAUGGCAGUUUCCUUUUCCUUCGCAAAGGAAAACCCUGCACUGUGGGCUUCUGUGACGGGGCCGGAAAGUGCAUGAAGCAGGUGCAGGACGUGAUCGAGAGGUUGUGGGAUUUUAUCGACAAACUGAAUAUUAACACAUUUGGGAAGUUUCUGGCUGAUAACAUUGUGGGCUCUGUCGUGGUGUUUUCCCUCGUCUUCUGGAUUCCUCUCAGUAUCCUGGUUCACUGCGUGGACAAAAGACUCGACCAGCAGUAUGAGGAGAACACAAAGUCCUUCUUUUACCCUCCAAGCAGUCAAGAAAUGCUGAGCAACCUCGAGUCGGCGUCCGUGCGCAUCGUCAAGCCUCCUCAGCCUCCCUGCUCCUCCGCCGGCCCGACCGCGCCCUCCUCCCUGCCCCUGCAGCAUCAGCAGCUGAGCCAGCUCGGGGCACCUCCCGCGGCAAGCAGCAGUACCCAGGCCCCCGGCCCGAGCUGCGGCCCCACCCCGGACAGCGCAGGGGGGCUGCGGAUGGCCACCAUCCAGGAGGACACCAGCAGCGACUCUCACCUGGGAGAGGAGGGCCUGUCGGACGAUUUCACAACCGCAGGAGCCUGCUCGUUGGCUACGAAAUCCUCCUACGAGGAUCUGACAGAACAGAACCUGCCAGCCAGGGACCGGCGGCGGCUCAAGAGGCAGGACUGCAUUGACACUAAAGAGACCGAGUGCUGAAAGUAAACCACCAGUACUGAUACGUGUUUUAGGGAACAUGCAAAUAUCAACCGUAUCUGUUGAAAGGUAAAAGCAUACGUGUUUUGUAGGUCAGUGUACGGCAACUCUAGAUGUGGAUGUUAAUCAGCCAGCUGUAAUUUGGAUUUAAGCACCACCAUACGAGUAAUACACAAGUAGUGUUAAAUCCCUGUCACUGCAAAUAAAUUAGUUACUGAAUUCAGGUUUUUGUGUGCCUGUGGUAAAAUAAAGCUGUGUCUUUUUCAGUUAGGGUUUCCUUGACCAGAUGAAGCCUUCAGGAUCAGAGUAGGUCUGUGAGAUUUAAUCCACCGCAGCCCUGUUGCCAUCACACAUUAGUUCAGUUAUCUUUUUGUCAUAACCCAUUGGCUAAAUGGUUUCUGAAUACGCAUUAAAAAAUUAUUUA